CAAGACCGAUGUCUGCCCGUGACCCAACCUCCUUUCAUAGGCCUUGUUCUUCCACAGAAACACACUGGCACGGUAGUGACGCAAAUGAAACAUAAAGACAGGUUGUUAGUAAAACGUAAAGAUGGUAUCGAUCUAACAGCGGUCACACAGGGAGAACAGUGAAGCCAGGUAGUCAUCAUCAUGGUGUCUGGAAGAGCUCUCCAGCUGCUGCUGGCAGCCUGCCUCGCCUCAGCUCUAACGGUCCCUGCUAGAGGAGCUUGGGAAAGUGACAACCAUUUGGUGAUAGCCCCACAGUCUCCAGUGCUAGAGAUUGGGACUAACUUCUCGGCGACAUGCAUGAUCAUCAACACAGCUGAAGUUACAGCAGAUGACCUCUACUGGAAUCUGUCUAAGACGACCAUACCCAAAGAACAGUACACCAAGAUCAACGGAUCAGCUCUCAAUGUCACUUUCCUCGUCACCGGUGAAAAUUCUGAAUGGUUAUUUUGCCUCUGCAAGAAAGUGUCGCCCCACCUCGCCCUGAACAAAGGCAGAUUUAUUCAUGGGAUCUUCCUUACCAAGCGCUAUCGUCCGGGGAAGCCUGAGAAUCUGUCCUGUGAGGCAGUUCAGGUUCCAGGUUCAGAUUACAUCUCUACCACCUUCAGCUGUAAGUGGGAUCCAGUAGGACGUCAAACCAAAGAAGACCCUACAACAUACACACUGCACGUUGAGGUCCUCCCGGCGACCUCGCCUUAUAAUGUGCCAACACCUAACAACAGCGCCGACGUGACGUUCCUGGAUACUUUCCCCCAUCAUAUGAACCUGGUGAUCUGGGUGGAGGCACGCAAUAAACUGGGAACAAUACAGUCUGAGCAUCUGAAUGAAGAUGCCAGCUGGUUUGUGAAAACAAACCCUCCAUCAAAUGUCAAAGUCAUUUCAGAGAAGAUUUUUCCCACAUCCCUCCUGAUAAACUGGACUCUCCCUAUUCCCGAAGUAUAUGUGAAAUUAACAUAUCAAAUAAGAUACUGCCCAAAUGGAUCUCAAAGUUGGAUUUAUGUACCUCUUGCGGACACUCGUGGACAAAUACAAUCCUUCAGACUCCAGAAACUUCAGCCAGACACAGUAUAUGUCACUCAGGUUCGCUGCAAACACCAUAAGGAGGGCCACGGUCACUGGAGCGACUGGAGUAACAACGCUACCAAGAGAACACCAGAGGACCGACCAACAGGUAAACCGGAUUUAUGGAGAACCGCUGCUGAGGGUGACAGCAUAAAUGACCGACGGGUGCAGAUUAUUAGUAAGGAUCCUGUGCCUGCCAACGGGAGGAUAUUAUGGUUCGACGUAAAGAUUCAAGGCCUGAAGGAGAAUGUGAAGAAUGGAAGUUUGGAGCCGAAGAGAUUCAACAGGUCAGACAGCUCAGACAGAGGCUCCAUCACUGUCCUUAAACAGAUUCAGCUGGCUGACAAGAAGUCUGUUAAAGUGGUCGUCACCGCUGUCAAUUCUGUGGGGAAAUCUACCGAGGCGUCGUUGGUCGUCUCACAAAGAGAACAUGAGUUUCCCCCAGUUGAAGGGCUGAAGGUGUGGCCCCAUGGAGGCCAGCUGUGGCUGCAAUGGAAACGCUCCAACAGUUCGGCUCCGUCGGAGUACGUGGUGGAGUGGGUUAGUGGCGGUCAGACAGACUGGCAGAGGGAAAACGCAAGCAUCGGACGCACUGCUAUUAAAGGCAACCUGGAGAAGUUUGUUUGCUACAACGUGUCCGUGUAUCCGAUAUACUCUGGACGGAUCGGGAAGCCAGCAAGGACAGAAGCCUACCUUGAGCAAGCAGCUCCGUUGGAAGUCCCCUCCAUCAGACUGAAUGGUAAACCAGGACGUAGCGAGGCGAAGCUGGAGUGGGAGGAGAUUCCCCAAAUCAGUCUGCGAGGCUUCAUCACAAACUACACUAUCUUCUACAAAUGUGGAACUGAAACACACGAAAUAACCGUGCCAGGUAACGCCAUGUCAUACACUCUGAAGUCACUGACAGGCAACACCAAGUAUGACACCUGGAUCAGGGCUUCAACCGUCCGAGGCUCAACCAACAGCAGCAGUCACUCCUUCACCACUCUGAAAUAUGCGCCAGGAGAGAUGGAAAGCAUUGUGAUCGGAGUGAGCCUCUGCUUUCUGUUCAUUGUUUUCAUGACCAUGCUGCUCUGCGUCUACAAGAAAAAUGUGAUCAAGGAGAAUUUUUGGCCUCAGAUCCCCAACCCCGGAGAGAGCACCAUUGGAACCUGGUCUCCUGAUUAUCCUUUGAAAGCAGAGACACCAAAGGAGAACUGUCUGUCUGGCAUCAGCGUGCUCGAUGUGGAUGUGUGCGACGGCAAAUGUGUGUUUGAGGAGGACAAGACCAGUCUGCCUCUGAAGAAGGACAAGUAUCUGUCCGAGGAGCACAGCAGCGGCAUCGGCGGCUCCUCCUGCAUGUCUUCACCUCGCCAGAGCGUGUCCGACAGCGACGAGGGCGGCGACAUGGCCGACACCACGGCCAGCACCGUUCAGUACUCCUCGGUGGUGGCCUCCAACGGCUACAAGGGUCAGACCCCCAACUCCCAACCCCAGCAGGCUAUUUUUUCGCGGUCCGAGUCCACGCAGCCCCUGCUAGACUCUGAGGAGAACCCAGACAUGAUGCUGCAGGAGGGCAGCAGACAGUCCCAGCGUUUCCCCCGACAGCCGUGCUUCACAGCAGGGAAGGGAGACGGCACCAACACCGCUGACAUCCACCAGCUGGAGAUGGAGCAGCAGGAGGUGCUGGAGCCUCUGAACUUCUGUCCCCUGGAGGAGGACUCUGAGCAGAUGACGCCUACAGACGGCCAGUCGGCAGCGUCGGGCUCCAGCUACAAGCCUCAGCUGGGUGGCUACAGGCCACAGUGAGAACACAGACAGACCUAUAGAUGUGUCAUCUAUGUGAAUAGUUCUGUGCCUUUUGUUAGAGUGGCAAUAGACACGUUUUUUUCUCUUGAACUUCUCAUUAUGAAGUAAAUGUUGAUCACAUAAUGUAACGGCUGUAGAGUAACGACACCAUCAGCGUUUCCAUUGGUUCCCUCGCUUUCACUACGCAAGUCUUUCUGAACUGGGCACCAUCUCUCCCGGGAAAAUGAAGGCUCAAUUUACGGCACAUAGGAAGUGCAUCAACCAAAAACAGGAAGAGGAUAGCGCUUUUUUUCCCCCCAGAGGGGAGGGAAAGACCCCCACGCUGUGGACGGUGAUUACUCUACACUGAGUAGUACUGGGAAUCAAUCACGGGGGUGUCUCUGUGACCGGAAGAGCACUGACGGCACGCUGCAGGUUGAGUCAUCUACCGUCGGAAUUUUGCGUUUUCCUUUACAAAUAAAUAAAAACAUUUCCACCAUAAAUUGGUGCAUAAAAAUUCACCAGAAUGCAGGAAAUGUGAUGCUCUGCCUCCAGCUCUCCCUGCAAGAGAGUCCAACAGCAUCUCCAGCCCAGACAAGCUUGCUGGGUUUAGUCCAAUCAGAAUGGCUCAUUUAUAAACAUCCCUCCCCUUUACUUACGGUGACCGGACGUCCCGGUUUGUCCGGGACAGUCCCUGUUUCAAGCUGACGUGUCCCGAGUCCCGACACACAUCUGUAAAACACUCAAAUGUUCCGGUUUUCAACAGUCACUAACAAAUUGUCCCGGUUUUCACUACAAUUAAAAUAAUAAUAUUAUACUCACAUAGACGUUUAUCAUGUUCCACUCAUUAAUUAAUUUGUGCGCAUGAGAUAAGUAUACAGAGAGGCAGCACAGCGCACCGCUGCAGUCUCUAUAGAGAGUGAUGUUACACGUGGUCAAGCCACAAUUACACACGGACACAACAGAUAUCCGCUGGUUACAUUAAGUGUAGUUUUGAUCCACAGAACCCUCAGUGCUUAUGUGCACUUCAAACGUGUCGUUUUGAUUAAUUAUUCUACACAAUUCCUUCUGCGCAUCGCUUAUAACUCUUUCAGGACCGUCCGUUCCGUCUUUCACCCGGACGGUGUCUCCAUCCUGGCCAAAAUGUCGUCUGAACUCCACAAUUAUAAUUAUAAUAGCCUGAGACGAAACAAGUUGAAAAAUAAUUUACGAAGGUCCAGACAACAACACGUUUCCUCUGAGGGAAACUCUCUACAGGACUCCCAAACUGUCAGUGGGUCAUGAGGUGGAUAGUCCUGUGAUUAAAGGGAGAGAAAGUGAAUGUGAUAAAUCAUGAUUGUCACAGCCUCUAAUGCACCCCCCCUAUAAUGAUACCUUCUUUCUGACACCAUUCCAUGCUCAAUUAUGUGCCACAGGUGUACCAAGUUAGCCAUCCUGAUGGCGUACUUGGUACUUGCUACUUGCUAAGCCUGUGGUGCGUGCAUAUUAGCGCGUGCCCGUGCGUGCGUGGACGCGCAUGCAUGAAUGUGCGGUACACUUAAGUGUCCCGGUUUGGGGGUUUGAAAAUAUGGUCACCCUACCUUUACUGUCUGUAGUUGAGACCUUUUUGAUGAGAAUUGAUCAUUGUUGUUGGGUAAGGGGGAAAAAUAGGAUAUAUCUCUCACGAUUAAUCGGCUAGUGGACUACUUUUUGUGAGUAGUCGACGACUGCUAAAAUGCAGCAGUCUGGAUGGCCUCGUAGGCUCUGAGGAACACGGGAUGUGAUCUGAAUGUCUUUGUGACUGCGGCACCAACAUGCCAGGGGUGGGGUGGAAGUUAAAAAGUUGUCUAUUGCCACUUUAAUGUCAAAUGUUCAUUUCAUUGUUUGAAGCAGUAUGUCUUUUACACUUCAGUAUAAAUAGUUUGGGAUGCUUUGGGAGAGGACUGUGUAAUAUGUAAUUGGAGCUUGUAAUUGCGGUAAUUUGCUAGCUUUGCACUCACAUGGAUAAACUGACACAGCCACAUCUUUAUAGUCAAAUAAUGCCCAAAACAUACUCGACACAUUUAUGUACAGUAAAAUGUCACAUGUCGCGUUUUCAAAAUGUCUCCUGAAAUGUGACACAAGUGUGGAGCAGAGUUUCAGGAGUGAAGGGCUUCUACAGCAGGCAGAUCCAGGAUGUUUCAGUCUGAGCAGCCUCCUGCUGUAGCGCCCUCCUGUGGACGGGUUUGACCUCUGCAUGGAUGUUACAUUCACUACCUGAGCAUUGGAUGUUUUCAGUUUAAGUAUAUACAGUGCACAUGAAUGUAAUCAAGUAAGUUCACACUGACAUGAACAUGAUGUCAGUGCAUGUUCAAUAAAAAACUUUAACUGCCUUGAAAACUGAAAAAAAGCAAAAAUGGAAUACAUAUAUUCUUGCUCAUGUGACAUAAUUUAGUUUAAAGAUCACUCCACUCACUGUUUUAUUUGUUUAUGUAAGGUCUUUAAUGUUCAUUUCAUUUAUAGAAGCAACAGGAGCUGCAGUUCAGCUCCAGAUUUAACAUUGAUUACAGUGUUCCUACACCACCCCCCCUCUCACCACAGUCUGUUCCAGAGCAAGUGUUAUCUCUUCAUUUCUCCUCACCUUCAUCUCAUCAGUGUUCAAACGUCAUCUAGAAUGUGCUCUGGUCCUGUGCUCUGAUCACACUCACCUCAUACUGAAUGUCACUUUCUACUAAUAUCAGCUUGAUGAGUAAUUAUUGGGAAGUGGCCUGACAACGUGAUCUGGAUGAGACCUGGUUCUUCAUGGCUUCACUGCUCUGGAGCUCUGGACAGAAGCAUUUAACAGAAAAUACAACUGAAGGCAAAAUACAGCUUGUCUGCAAAGUGUUACAUCCAUGGGAUAAAGUAAAUGUCAUGUUAUAUAUGAGGGACAAGAUGUUGUGUUGUUGAGCACUAUUUCAAAGAGGUCAAGAACUUCAUCACAUGCUGACAAAGGUUAAAGGUUUUCUCUGUUUUGGAAUGCUCUAAAUGAUGUCCAUUAUUAAAUAUGAAAUAAAUGUUUUAAUUGAUA